UGUGGCGAGCUUCUCUGUGCGCUGUGGGUUGAUGGAUGUGUUUUGGUGCCUGCUGCUCCCCUUCCUCCUCCUCUUCCACCAAGCCACGUGCACCGACGACGGGAAAGAUGUGACGGGGGCGGUGGGCAGGUCCAUCACCUUCGACCUCCAGAGCCUAGAUGGAGGAGCUGCGGCCUGGAGCUUUCGCAACGAUGUCAUAGUGGCUGUGAUAUUCGGAAAUCCUCCUGAAGUCACUUUUUUUGAUGACAACUACAAGCCACGCUUGGCCUUCUCCAAGAAUGGCAGAGCGCUCACCAUCUCCCAGCUGAGGAUGGAGGAUGCGGGUACCUACACCGCAAAGACCUCGGGGGCAAAAACCACCUUCACCCUACACGUGUACGGGGAGCUGGCGGUGCCGACGGUGACCUGCGUGGUGCAGAACUGCUCGGCCGACGGCUGCCGCUACGCCCUGCGCUGCACCGCCUCCGCCCCCGGCUCCGGCAACAUCUCCUACGGCUGGAACGUGGGGGGCUCGCCAGGGAACGAGGGGCCCACGGUGCUGGUGAAGGUGUCACCCCGGGACGAGCUGCCGCUCACGUGCACGGCGCAAAACCCCGUCAGCAGCCGCAAUGUCACCGUCACCUCGCCCGCUGCCCUCUGCGCAGACACCUACUCCAGCAGGCAGACUGGAAUUGUGGCCGCACUGGUGACCGCAGCUGGAGUGAUUUUAGCAGCGGUUAUCUUCGUGAUCUACUGUAAAUCCAAAGGCUGGAGAAUCGUUUUGCCUGCAGCCAAGGCGAGGGACACAGAGCCCGGACCCGAGUACAUGACGGUGUACGCCCAAGUCGGCCCUUCCCAGCAGGUGCAGAGUUUCUCUAAUGCACAACAGUAUGACCCGAAGGAGAGGCCGAGCCCCGGUGUGGAAACCUCCAAAACCAUCUAUUUAACCGUCCAGGCUGUGGCCCAGACAGAUGACGAGAAGAUGGGCCGGGGCCUGCCAGGGUGCUGGGAGCAGGAUGAGAAAAGCCUCUACUCGUCGAUCAGCUAGUCAGAGCCCGCGGCGCAGCCCCGGCACGGCUCCGGUGGGCCCGUGAGCCCGCUCUGAGCGCGGUGCCCGUCUCUGCCCGGCCCCGACCCGUGGGGCUGCAGCAUCCCCCCCCUUCCCUCCCCAUCACUGCUGCCUCCGAUUCGCCUGUCGGCACCGGUCCCCGGCCACCAACGUGAGGAUGUAAGUGCCCUGUAGGCGCAGGCUCGUCUGGCACAGGAGUUCUGCCCGUGUUUUGGCACCCACGUGGGGCGGGGGGGUCCUUCUUCUGCCCUCUCUGACCAGACCAAGGGACAUGGACCAAAACGGGGGCUGCGUGUCCAGCCUUCCCCGUGCAAGGACAUGAGCUGAUGCUCUUGGGGUUCGCUCUGCAGCGCCUUGCAGUGUGGAUCCUCAGGGCGAGAGGACGGGAAGACUUAAGGAGCCUCCUAGAGCCUGUUUUAAUUUAAUUAUUAUUUUUCUUUUUUCUCUUUUGCUAUACACUUAAACUUGGCAAGUACUUUGGCUGCUUCGCUUGGUUGCUAAACUAAGAGAAAGCAAAAAUACCACUUGUGGUAGAAAGCGGAAUAUGGAAACACGUGUGUCUUCAUGCAGGCGUGCACACCCAGGCUGCUGCGAUUUCAGUGCUGGCUGCUUCCCAAGCUGUCGCAGCUCCUGGGCUGGCCGGGGACCUUGCAAACCUCACAGCACCCCAGCACCGUGCUCAGCAUCCCUUUAUGCCACCAGCAAGCUGCGUGCGGUCCCAUGAGACGCUGCAGGGCCGUGCUGGGGUCCAAGGGCAGGAGGUGGUCUGGGCUCGGGGGAAAACAGGACGAGGCAUGUGGCUGGUGUCAUUCUGUUCGGCUCUUUUGAUGUGCUUGUAUUUGAGGCUUUAUUCUAGGAUGAAAUAUUUGUAUGUGAAAUGUAUAUGUUGUGUGUUUCUGGAGUUAAGCGGCUUCCCAGCCCGGCUUUAGGGAGGAGAGCAGCUCCCUGAGCGCUGGGCGAUGCGGGGUUUCACCCUGAGCUGGGACUUACAGGGCUCUGGGUGCCCAGAGAGCCGGGCACGGGGCACCCCCCACCCUCCCUGCUCCCCAAACCUGCCCAGAGCCGGCAACUGAGCAAAACACUCACGUUGGCAUCAAUUUUCCGGUGCCGCCGGACAGACAGAUGCCACCCGCGCUGGGAAGCUUCUUCCUGCAUGUGCCACUUCCCUCUGCUCUUUGUCUUGUCUGUGCUGAUAGUAAAUUAUUCAGGGAUGAAACUGGAGAUUUCUUUGAAGUGCCUGGCACAGGAGAGCCCUCUAGG